ACAUUGAAGCCUAGAUUUAUCAAAAACAAGCACGUUAUAAAGUAACGAAUGGAUGAUGAGAAGAGUGUAUUUUUGAAAAUUGACCAGCUAUUUCACAUUCAUCAUGACUAUUUUCUAUUUAAUAUAAUCGAUUUAUUUUUACAGGAAUAAAGCUCAUUAGACAGCGGAUCCUCGAAUUAUGAUAAUUAAAUAAUACUUAUACUCAAAUGAAAUAUUAUAAUAAUACUCGGUAUCAAACGAAACUUUUAGCUUAAUAAGAACUUCUUAGGGCGAGUACGCGAGCACCCUUGCCAGCACGUCGAUUCUCUGAGUUAUUUCAGUUUGAAAACUUGGCGCAGACGUGCCCUUAACUUUCUGCUUCGAAAUAACUAAUUCAAUUAGUAUAUCAACGCUGCUACAUCCCUCCUCUUCUACGUUUAACUACAUCUUUGCACGGUGUAUCUAAUCUUCGUGCUAACGCUAACUCUCGUAUUGCUAAUCUUCUGGUAAACCUUCGUUGGGAAAUCGACUCUUCAUCAUUUUGAUUCUUUGCAAUAAAAAAAAUUGCAUUCUUCGGUUCGAGAAAUAAAAACAAGAUUGAAUGGAUACAAAUGAGUUAGAUAUUCUUCUAUUUCGAUCGAUAUUACACGGGAAUACAUAUUUUCAACUAUGGCAAGGGGAAAGGUAACAACGGAACUGCCUUGCUCUCGGUCUCCCAGGGAUUUUAACGAGAUUCGGAACGGUGAAUAUUUCGUUCCACGUUACAACCUACGGUCCAUUUCCAAAUUCUACGUAAUAUCAUACCUAAAAUCUCUCGUUAACUUCACAGAUUUCAAUUUUCCUUGAAGGACUUUCAACACAAGUGUCUAGACACUUGAAGAAAGAAGAAGUUUACUCUUCGUUGGAAGAUGUAUCAAUGUCGAUACAAGAAUAGAGGAAAAAAAGAAAAGAAAAAGGAGAGAAAGAAAUAAUAAUGAUAAAAAAAAAAGGAACUAUUUCGAUAUAAAUCGAAACGUUUCGUUUUGCGAGAUAUAUUUCGAUCUUUAAUCGAUCUCUAACUAAUCGAGAUAUCGAGUGGCAAUCGAGUGUGAAUCUCUACUUUCACGAUAUUCAAGAGUUUCGACGCGUCUUCGUCAUUCACGAUCUCUACUCGCUCUUCGUUAAAUGAUAUAUAGUCUUCGAAGCCGGAUACAAUCCGCGCGAAUCACUCAAAAAUCUCAUUCCGUGUAAAGUCGGUGACAUUUUUCUUCGUUUCUGUACCCGAUAACGCGCAAUAAAUGUUCGCACCGGAUGAAUACAAACGUUGCACAAUUUUGACGAAGUAUUCGCUAUUUGCUUACAAUAUCGAUCCGUUGGCAGCGAGGAGAGUAAAUCUUUUUUUUGCCGUAUUUUAAACGUAGAACGAAAGAAACGAACUACCAACGUUGAUUACGAUCUUGAAUACAUGGAAUUAAAAAAAAAAGUGCAAGUAUUUUUUAUUUUCGUAAUUAAUUAAAAUUUCUCUCUCGAAUUAUAUAUAUCCGAUAGUAUAUCAUUUUUAUAUUCAUCCCGAUGACAUAUAUAAUCAGACUGAUAAAUGAUAACGAUAUAUAUAUAGAAAACAGAUAAAAUUAUAGUAUCAGAAAUUCAAUAUCUCGUGCGUGGAAGGAUUUCUUAAAAAUCUUUCAAGAAUUCCAACGGAAUUCUCAAAGCUCUGCCUACUCCGCUAGCAUGAUUGUAACGCUCAUUAAGAUUCAGGGUUGAGCUGAAAAUAGCGUUGAGAUCGCUCGUAGUGGCAAGGACGGAGUUCUCCAACGUCAACAUGAAGUUCGUUUCGCAACGAACUACAUCCUACUCAAAGUAAAAAAAAAGGAAAAAAAGGAAAAGGCUAUUCGAGAGGGGAAGUGUUCAGCCGGCGAGAAACAAGAAGUAACGGGGAGCAUAGAAGUGGCGAGGAGGGAAAAUAGGACGAGCAACGUCUUCUCCUCGAGUAGCCUCGACCAUUCUUUCUCUUUCCAAGAGCGUAAUUGCCAGUUUUCGAAAUAAAAUUUUACUAAUAUUCCCCUCUAUCGCUGCCAGCUCGCCGUUAAUCGUCCAUUUUUCGCCUCCGCCCCUCCAUCGUUUUUUAAAGGUCCUAUAGAUCCAUCGAUUGCUCUUUUCAUCUUUUACACAUCCCUAUAUUUAUAAUCUCAACUUUAUUUAUAAAACGUACUUUUAAAAAUCCUUUAAAAAAAUUUCUCUUUCAAUUGCUCUUUUAUCAGUCUGUCAAAUCAAUCGAUCAAUCAAUUCAUUUACAAUACAAAUUUUUACAAUUUUCUAGAUAAAUCGAAACAUUUAUACCAGAGAGAGAAAAAGAGGGAGAAAGAAAGAAUGCGUGUAACUUGUAAAUAUAACCGAACGAGAUAAUUUCUCUGGUUCAACGACAACACAGAAAUUCUCCAAUUUAUAUUCCGACAUGGCCCUGUGCUUGCUCGACACAUCACUGACCGAGGGGGUUGACUGGUCUGGUGGGGAUAGAGCAGCUGGGGUGGCUGGAGCUCGAAUGCGAGCCCGCGGUACCUACACGCCGGGUUCUGGGUUUGGCCGGGUCGCGCGGCGGGUCCUGCGCAACCAAAGAGACACACUCGGACAAAGAGAGAAAAGCACAGAGAGAGAGAGAAGGAGGGAGGGAGGGAGGGAGAGAGAGGGAGAGCAAGCGUGACAGAAAAAGAGCGUGGAAAGCAGAACGGCGAAGGCGAGGCGAGGCGAGGCGAGUAAAAGCGAGCUAGUUUGGCGAGCAAGCAUCUAGACAGUCGAGCAAAUCUUCAAGCAGGCAAACGAGACUGGCAGACAGGUAGGCAAGCAGGCAGGCAAGAGCGAGAGCACAACUACCGGGCUUCAGAGCCACCCCUAGUCGCCUGCCCGCCACCCAAAUCGCUCCCCCCACCUUGGAUCCACCGCUUGGUACACCCCUCCUCGACGUUGCUUCUUCGCACUACUCCUACUCUUUCUCCGGUGCUUUCAGCCGCCUCGUUCGUUCGUACGGUCGUUCGUCGGCCGCUUCGCUCUCCUCUCCUCGGUGCCCUCGUCAUUCAAUCGUGCUCAGAGAGUGUAUAUCAGUAUAUCUUUGGGCCUUUAGUUUCGGUCUUGUUUUUUUUUUUUUUUCCAUCGACAAAUCGUGUGUGUCGGUUUGGUUCCCGUUGCCGCUUCUUGUGCAAAAGGAUAUCUCGUGCGUUUUUUGGAAGCAAAGCGUGGCAGCUUGCAAUCCUCUGCCAGCAACGCACUGACCUGCCUUUCGUCCCGGCAUCACGACACAUUCUUUCUUCUCGUCUCUCCUCGAGCUCUCCUCGUCUCUCCUCGUCUCUCCUCGAGCUCUCCUCGUUUCCUCGCGCGAGCGAAGGCCGAUUCGGUGGGGAAGUAGAGAGGGGGCUCGUAUAUACAACGCGAGAAACCCGAUACCCUCCUUGGUGGACGUUUACCGAAUUGAUUCGACGGUAUUGGUCAACUUUAGAAGGAAGGAAAAAAUUCUGAAGGGGAGUCGUUUUAUUAUAUUGUGUUUUCGGAAGGAGGAUGCACAGAUGGAAUUUUUGGUGAAGGAAAGUGAGGAAGAAUAUCUGCGUGACGACAAGUGAUGGCGAGAUGAGGAGGCGCGACGUCGCAAUAGAAGGGAAGACGCGGCUGUGAAGCCCGGAUAAGCGUGCACGUUGUGUGUCGAGGGACGUUCACACGCGCGACUCCAUCGGUUGCCAAGCCGAUUCUCCUCGCACCAGGCGACGAGAACUUCGUACCUAAGCCGGUCGUUCAACGUGGCUGAUCCUUGGACAUGGUGAGGGGGCAUGUUGAUGUGCCGGCGGUUGCUGCUGAUCGCAGCCGCGAUCACGGCCUCGAUCGAGGCUGGCUCCGCUAGUUACCAUCCAGGAAUCUCGUCAGAUUAUUCUGGAUAUCCCGGCUUCCCGGCCUAUCCAGGCCUGACGUCGCCCGAAUCCUCGUCGGGCGCCACCGCUGCUACACCGACAUCGAGUCUGGAAAAUGUUUGCAGGCCAUCCGAGUACCUAUGCGGGACCGGAAACUGCGUCGCCCAGGACAAAUACUGCGACGGCGAAGAUGAUUGCGGCGACAACACCGACGAGCCGAAAUAUUGCACCCCGUGCAACAGAACGUUGUACGGAGACGUCGGUCGGACGUACAGAGUGGAAGUCCGCCGGCCGAGGGAGGAUCGACUGCCAUUCCUGUGCCAUCUCAACUUCACUGCCGCCGGCUCCGAUCUGGGAGACCUAGUUCAGUUGACAUUCGACACGUUCACCGUGGGCAGAUUUUUGUCCUUCACGUCCGAAGGAUGCCCGGAUGGUUACAUGACGAUACGGGAGAGGGGUCGUCCAGCGACUGGAGGCCAAUGGUGCGGGAGCGCGUGGGGUUACACCGUGUAUUACAGCGAAACACCCUCCAUCAACUUAACUUUGUAUCUGCUCCGCCUAGCCGAACAGGGAAGCGGUUAUAAUUUCGACUUCAAGCUGUCGUACAAGUUUCUGAGGCGGAGCGAGGCGCACCUUAGGUACGGGAACAGCAGCAUGUCCACGUGGAGGGGGGAGCUUGUGAACGGCACGUAUUGCGAUCGCGUUCUAACCAAAUGCGACACGCGAGCCUGCCGACUUCAAUCGCCGAAUUACCCGGGUGUUUAUCCGAGAAACGUCACUUGCUAUUACCGCGUGGAGCAAAAUCGUGUCCCGCCAGGGCAUCGGGCGUUGCUCGCAGUGAGUCAGCGGAACAGCCACAAGAUACACAUCAAAGACCAGGUCGUCAAGUACGAUGGUAGCCAAAGGAUAUUAAGGGUUUGGGAUCAAUGCAACGUUGUGCAAGAUUACUUGACGGUUUACGACGGCGGUUCAACCUCCGAUAAGGUGCUUGUGCGACUUUGUGGAGGUGACGCGGUGCCAGAUAUAGUGAGCAGUCAUAACACUAUGCUUCUCGAGUUUCACACGUCACCGUACGACAAUCCCUUUCAUCCCGUUCCUUUGUCGUUUUUGCCCGGUUUCGAGCUAGAGGUUCAGGUAUUGUUCGUGGACGAGAAAUCUCGUAGCUUCGUCAAGGAGAACAACAAUUGUGACUUUUAUAUAUCCAGCGACGAAAGUUCUUCGGGCAUCUUGGAAAAUCCGAAACAUUCCCUUCCCCCGAACACAACUUGCCGAUAUCACUUCCAAGGGAAACCGAACGAGAUCGUUUGGCUGUCUUUUGUCAAGUAUUAUGCUGCCAGCGCCGACGCCGCCGCGAGUAUCGACGUUGCUUCCGACUGCAACGCCAAACUUUUCAUCUGGGACGGCGAUCGCACGCUAGAUAAAUUAAUUCCUAUACGUAAGAAUAUUACUUUGAUGGGCCAGUUCUGUAAGGACGACACACCACGUCUCUGCGAUCACAGUUUGUUAAGGAACGGGAGUCGUCACGCGAGGCCUUGCAGCCUCGCGGAGAGUUACGUUUCCAGCGGCAGAGACCUCACCCUGGAGCACAUACUGCGUCAAGGAAGUGCACUUUAUCCGAUAAGCUUUGUACUGCGAUACGAGUUCGUGCACGAGGCGGUUACUUGCAACCACGUGUUCCACGGCUCCUCGUCAACCUCAUCCACGUCUUCCACGUCCUCCUCCUCGUCCUCUUCGUCCUCCUCCACUCUGCUCUCGCCCGCUGCCAAAGCGGGGAAAUUCGCGUCGCCGAAAAGUGUAUUCUUUUAUGGCCGUGGCGGUGCGCAGAACGUUAGCUGUGUAUAUCGUUUCGAGGCCGAGCCGGACCACAGGAUAGAACUGUCGAUAAGCAGAGCCUCGUUCGGAGAUAAAGGAUGUUCCUCGUACGUGGAUCCGUUGGUCAAUCGAUGGACUUGCGAUCGACGCAUAGGCGAUUCCACGAAGCUCGGCAUCGCGGAGCUGAUCGUUGCCGAGUAUCCUUGGCAGGGAGUGGAAUUGAUCCGAGAUUGCCUGUGUUCGAACGUGAGCGACAGGAUCGUCCUGAGAACGUUGACGUCCAAUGUGGUCGAGGUCCGAUUCACGGUCUCAUUGAUGAACGUCACGCAGGAUUAUAGGGAUUUUUACUUCGAGGGAGAAUAUCGUUUCGUUGCGCUGGGAGCGGAGACGAGCGAGCAAGGUUGCUCGACGAAGCUCGAGGAGCGACGGUUACGAGGGACCAGUGGUGAAAUUUCCCUCAGAAGUCCGUUACCGCGAGUAAUUCCCGGUGUUGCCGCCGUGGAGGAAAUUCUAACCAACACGGAAGAUCUGACCGCGACCCAAUGUGUGAACGAACCUUGGUUGAUAGAACCCGAAGACGCGAGAAUUAAUUAUUUGUAUUUAAGAACAGCUGGGUACAGUAUCACAUUGGACAACGUCGAGGAAUGUACGACGUUGAAUAGAAUUGUCGUUUAUUCGGCGGCCAACACGAAGGAUCGUAGUGUAAUUUGUCCCGAGGUAGGUGUCGACACUGCGAGAACAGUGGAUUUUUUUUCCGGUGGUUGGAACUAUAGCGCCAUCAACGCUACUGUCGCCAUGACGCAACACUCGAGAAGCUUCGUUGUCGAAUUCCUACAAAGGGAGCCUGGAUUCUAUGCCGUCACUUGGAUGGCUAUUUCUAAAAGAUCCCCCAGUUCCAGCAUUGGGCCUAAUCUCUUCACGAUAUUGCCUCACGAGGAUUGUCCUUAUCGAUGCCCUGAAAUUCAGGCGUGUAUAAGUUCUGUUUUAUGGUGCGAUGGGAUCCGUCAUUGCCCUUCGGGUUUCGACGAGGAAGAAACCAACUGUUCGUAUCGUUUCGGUGUAACAUUACUCUACGUGGCCGUAGGAGCUGGUGCUUUAGGUAUAUUUCUGAUCCUGUUGCUUGCUACUGGUUGCCUCAAGUACUGCCUCUAUCGACAUAAAGCACGAAAGAAAAAAAAGAACGUCGUUUUGAACGUGAACCAUCUACAUGUGAAUCACACUCAUCAUAAUAAUGGUUUAACCGGGAGUCGUUUAAGCGGACGGUAUAAUCUUGCCACGCCGCAAGAGAUGUAUUUGGAAAAUUAUGGGAAGGACAGUAUUUGUUGACAAUACGCCAUUGCCAAUAUCGAGACCACCGUGUGAAUAUUACAGGAUUUUUAAAAUAUGCCUACCUCGCUGGCCUCUGAUCCCCCUCCCCUCCCGCGGAAAAAAAUGGAAGCAAACGACGAAAUAAUAAUUGAUAAUUGAACAUUUUCCCCAUUGGAUCUAGCGCAUACGCGCGAGAAAAACAUAUACGCAAUAAUCGUAUCAACUAAAUUCUCGUAGACCAAUUUGAAGGCAUUUAACAAAAGAAGAACGGAUUCCGAAUUGUAUCGAAGUUUCGAGCACGAUCUACGCUUUGUCUAUUUGAUAUUUAAUUUUGGACGAGAGGAAGAAACGUCACUUUUGACGACGUCUUUUUAGAUUUUAUUAAAUUCAAGUUAAAUUGGAAUGCUAAGAAGUUUCGAAGUUUCACGACAAAGAAUGGAUCGAAUCGACGAAAAAUUCGUGCUGCUCGAAUAAAUCGUGUAUAUGGUUUCCAUGGAAAAACCGUGGUAUCACAGUAGCGCUAGGAACACACGUUUUUAGGUUAAAGUAAUGCGUGAGAUGAGAGAGAGAGAGAGAGAGAGAGAGAGAGAGAGAGAGAGAAAGAAAGAGAGAGAUGAAAAAGAACAUACAGAGCGUGAAAGAUUACAACCACGAAGAAAAAAUGAGCAUGGCUGAUGCGUACGAAUAUAUGCUUUUAAAACGAAGUAGGAAUCUGUAAUUUGCAUCGAGGAAAAAAGAAGAGAAAAAUUUUUAUCACAGUCGGUUGCUGGGAAACGAGUGUCACAAACGUCCACGACGAGAAACGACGCAGAACCUGAAUUGGCGGGAAAAAGAGGGAACUGAAAAUAGUGGCCAGUAUAAAAUCCGCUUGAAUGAAUCCUAUACAUAUAAAUCGCAUGUGAACAUCGGUGGAAAACGAAACGGAACUGCUGUGAUUUAUUGAAAAAGAAAUUUAAAAAAAAGAAAAAAAAAAAAAACAUAAAACUUUACGAUCAUACUUUGUGAAAACUAUACAAAGGGAAAAAAAGCUAAAAAAAGAAAAUAGGAAAAAAAAAAAAAAAAAAAGAAACAGAUUAUUUCGAUCGAUAUUUCUCACUUUUAAAAUCAAUUUUAUUCUAUAAUUUUAUAAAUUGUCGUGUUUGAAUGACGAUAUUCAUAUGCAAUUUAUUCUAAGGAAUUACACGACCAAGAUCAAUCAUAUAAUGCGUUAUCAUCGACCCUCCAGUUCCAUCUUAUCAAAUCGAUGUAAUCUGCGUCGAUCCGUCGAAAAAUUCCAACGUUUUUUGUAAAAAAAAAAAAUAAAAAAAAAGCACGCAACCAUCACGAGACCAUUAACGCAGAGAGCAUAGCGACGCCUUCUAACUAAACUGCCACUUUAGGAGACUAUUUCGAGAUUAAAUAAAUAAAUAUAUCUCGGACAGAGACACUACACUAACUACAAAUAAUCCGGUUGUCGAUGUUCUAACUCUAUGCUCCUGCGUUAAUCGCGAUCCUAACCUAUCCAAAUUUCAUAAGUACGUUACAAAGAUGAUAUAACAUAUAGUUAAAUGAUACACAUGUAACCUAGGUUUGAUAUCAAUGCGCGAGGCUUGACUGGGACGUAGAGUUUUGAUGUAUAGUUGAUUAUCGUUUAAACGAAUGUGAAGGAGAGAGAGAGAGGUGAACAACAAUACGAGAUUGACAACGCAUACAUUGUAACCUUAUUACGAAAGUGUUAAAACUACUUAAAAAGAGAAACAUCGUUUCACGUAUGCACACACCGACACAUGUACGAAAGGAAUGACAUUACUUAAAUACAUACUACAUACACACACGUAUGGUAAAAGCGCGUAACUUACGUCUGUAUGCUGUGAUAGAAGUAAGCGUAUCAACAAUCGGAAAUAAAUUUCUCGCGUGAA